AAUCCGAAAAACAUUAAACGAGGUAGAAAGAUGAACUACCUUUGAAAGAAGAAAAAUUCAAACCAUUAAAAAAAUACUUACAUUCAACACUAAAACUUGACAUAUUGAAGUUGGUUACGAGAGAGUGAACUCUCGCGUAAAUCGAAUGAAACACCAAUAAUUUGGUGAAUGUAUUAAGUUUAAUGUCUAAUGACAACGUAAGUACUGUCUCAAAUUCUCUAGUUGGUUCUCUAAACAAAGUUACGCAGUCUUUCUGUAGUCCUUGUUUUCAUAAAGCACAAGAAUCUAGAUAUACCUCUAAGAAAGGUUUGUUCAUCUUGAGAGAAGCUGUUGAAAACAAUAAAACAUUUAAGGAAAUUCUCAGCAUAAAUCGAGCUAAACCGUGAAUGCACCAGUUCACUGAACCAUAAUUCUACUCACGAACAGAUAUGACAGAUAAAAGCCAACCAAGAACUGAGAAAUGCUGAAAGCAAUUCUAAGAGCAAAACCAAUAAGGAAUUUCCUUCUGUUGGUCAUAAUUCUACUGGUGGCAUUACAUCAUCAUCUUUUCAACAGUCUGAACAAUCAACCUGAACACGUCGAGAAAAAAUCGAAUAUUUUGUGUAAGGAAUCCGAGCUUUCGCUAACAUCAAAAAAUGAGGAUCGGCCAAUCUACAAUUCACAUCAGAAUUUCGUACGAGUCGCUGAGAUCAGGAGUGUUAUGAGAGAAAAUCCGCCAUUACGAGGAGCUGUUGGGACUCACGUGAACACCGCCAAUGUUGUCCAACACAGCCACGUGUGGGUCGGGGAUAAAUGGCACGAGCUAUCAGCACAAUCAAGAGUCUGUAUGGCCACGCACACAACCGUGGAAUAUCUAUUUUGGGUGGCCUCCCAGAGCUGGAGUGGCCCAAUGUCCAUCGCCGUGUUUGCUCCAGGAACCGACUACUACGUGGCCGUGGCUAUGAUUCAUUACCUCAGGAAGUGCUUCCCUUCAGUGCGGGGAUCGGCCAGCUUCCACAUCAUGUACCCGAGGGAGAGGCCUCCUCGUUUCUCAAACCAGUCGGUGACUGAGAAAAAACUUCGAUGCGACGAUCCUGAAGGGGUCAACCAACUCCUCCUCGCACUCCGAAAUGAACCUCCGCUGCGCGUGUACCCUCAGAACCACAACAGGAAUUUGGCCAAGACGAACUGCCCCACUCAUUAUUCCAUGACGAUAGACAUCGAUAUGAUAACUCCUCCGUCCAUGUCGGAAAAUUUGACGAAGUUCUUUGACAGAACUGACGCGAGCAACCCUUGCAAGAAGUGCGCCUUCGUCGUGCCGGUUUACGAGGUUGAAAGCACUGCUAAUUACAGACCGAAAGACAAGCAGGAACUUACUACCCUCAUCAAUAAUCGUCUAGCCCGCCGGUAUCAUAUCAAGGUUUGGUCCCCAAACCAAGGAAACUCCAAGCUCGAUCUCUGGGAGACCGAAGUUCUUGACAGAGAAGAAAAUGAAGAAGAGAUGGGCUACAGAAUUCUCUAUAACAUCACCAGCUACGAGAAAUUCUGGGAGCCUAUUCUGAUCGUACCAUACACCGCUCCCCUGUUUGACGAACGCUUCAUAGGAUAUGGUUACGUUCGUAACAGUCAGGUCUAUGAACUUCAUAGGCGACGCUAUAAAUUCCACGUACUGGACAAUGCCUUCCUUACCCAUCGUGGGUUUCAGUCAACGAAAGAGUACACUUCGUUGAGAAAAGCCCAGAUAGAGGCAAACAGCUUCCGCUUUUCCAGUUUCAAGAAAGAAUUGAAGGUUCGUAUGAAAUAUGAAGCUAGGGAGAAAGAAGCAAGAACUUGA